AUGAAACGUCGAGGACGGGGAGCGAGUCGAGGUGUUCGCUGUUGUGGGCGCGCAUCAGGGAUAGGCAGUAGGAGAGGAAUUCACGACGGGCUGCGUGCUGGGAGUCGCCUAAAAGAAGGAAAAACGGCAUUUAAUUAUUGUCAAAAAAUCUCUAGAUCUUCCUCCUUCAACAUUCGUCGAAAAACCAACAAUUCUAUUUCCAAACGAGCUGGUUGUGUUAGACACGGGUAGUCUGUUACUUUGCCUUGAAGUACUUGUGCCGCUUGUAGAUGCUAGAAUAUACAAAUUUUGAC